AUGUACAACAUACCGCCACCGUACAACUACUGCCAACAGUCACCUUGCUACUCCGAUGGGGACGAUCGAAUUUAUAAAAGACGACGAAACGAAAUCAGUGGUAGACAAAGAAUUGCAGCGAAUGAACGAGAGAGGAAGAGGAUGAAUAGGUGGUAUACCUGCAGGAGGCGCCAUGGAAUACAUCCGAAAACUUACAGGCCGAGUACUCGACAGAAAUACCAACCUGAUGGACCAAAGACUGAACAUAAAAUCCUAAUUAACAGUGUUGGUGAAGACUCGUCUCUCUAUAUGGUAUCAUGGCGGCGAACCCCACAGAAGUAUGGUGAAAUUCAUGAAACGCCUCGAGGACAGGUCGUCUAUCGAAAGAGCGUUCUGGGGUGCCUGGGACUCAAUGAAGAAAAAGACAUCUGGCGAAUAUAA